AUGGGCAAGAGCCGCGUUUGCCACGACAUCAGACUUUCGGGUUUACGGCCUCUGUAUGCUACCGUCAAAUGUGUGUAUUUACGGCAUGCUGCCGCCACAUUCAACUGCACUCCCAAGGCAAUCCUGUAUGGUGUUUCUGUCAGUCAAGAAGCAUAUGCGUCGUCUUUACUGUUUCAGACCCUUUUCAGUGCAAUUUCCCGGCCAUGUCAGUCUCCCUCGCGUCAAGUGGCCAUGGUUGUUUCACCAUCAAUCUUCAUUACCACAGCAAUACCCGUUCUCAAGGACAUCUUCACCUCCACAUGGUUGCCGGUCCAAACAAGAUAUGCUCUUGGUGUUGUAUCAUCAAUCUGCUAUCUUGGUACUAAAUAG